AUGCCUUAUGGUGAAAUUGAAGCUAAACCCUUGGGUCAUGGAGAAGAACCGGUAAUUGAACCAUGCUACAAAAGACUGAAGCCAACUGAAGAGGCUUAUGUUUUUCCCCAUCAUGCCAGAGCUAAUUUUGACAGAAUCCAAGAGAAAACUGGAAAUGAUUGGAUGCCAGUAAGUGUCCUUGAUUUCAGAGGAAAUCCUCAUCCUCAGGGGGACACCAGCCAUCCCACAGAUUGCUUGAAACCUCUGCAUGAUGUGAUGCCUCAGCACAGACCCGAUGCUGUUGGAUGCACUGAUUCCCAAGUUGUAAAGGAAGCAGGUCCAGUAGCAUCCACGGACGACGGCAUAUACAGUACAAGCAAAGCCUUUAUAGGCCCCAUUUACAAGCCCCCUGAGGAGAAGAGACGCCGUGAAAGACGGGCUCAGGCACGCACCCUCAGGAGUAUAAAUGGCAAAGGAAGACGAGAAGAGGCGCCCAAGUCUAACCCCAAAACAACAGAGAUUGACAGCGAGUUAUUUCAGUUUUACAAAGAAAUUGAAGAGCUUGAAAAGGAAAAAGAUGAUUUAGAAAGCAGCUGUCGGGAACCCAAGCUGGAACCCGAACCUGAGCCGGAACCCGUACCCGAUCCGAAACCCAUACCCGAGCCGGAACCCGUACCCUCUCUGGUACAACUUGCCCCAUAUUAUCAGAACCUUUCUCGUGAUCCCUUAGGGUCUGAAGAAGAAAGGAAAGGCUGCCUCAGUGCCGCUCCUCAGCCACCUUGUGGUUAUUUGCCAUACCUGGGGAGUCAGCCGGGCCAGCACCCCCGUGACGGACAAGUCAUACCCCCGUUCUGUGAUGGUUCGUUUCCUUCCUUCAGGCCUGAAUGGCAGCCGCUGCCUGCCUUUAUUGUACCCCACGGUCCUCCUCCACCCCCUCCUCCCAGUUUUAACUAUCAUCUAAAUCUUCAGAGAUUUCCUCCUCCACCAAAUCCAGCAGCACAUGUUUUCCGUGCCCAAGAUGACUGUCGGCCACGGAAUGGGGGUUAUGUCAAUAGCUAUCCCGUGAACUGGAAUUGCCCAAACUGGGGUCAGAACAGUGCGCAUGCUGACUGUGGGGAAAACAGCCGUGAUGUGCUUCCCUGUAGACCCGAGCACCCCAUGUGUGAGGGGCAUGGGCACGAUGGUUUCUGUGAAACCAGAGAAGGAUGCCGGGGAGAUGCUCCUGUGGACGUGUGUAACGGGAUCGACGUGCGUGUGAACCAGCAGUGUCAGGAAGCAAAGCUACAGAAAUUGCAGAAGUUACUUAUCCUUCUGAGAGGCCUGCCUGGUUCUGGGAAAACAACGUUGUCUCGAAUUCUGCUUGGUCAGAGUCGCGACGGCAUUGUGUUCAGCACGGACGACUAUUUCCGCCACCAAGAUGGCUACAGGUACAACGUGAACCAGCUUGGUGACGCCCAUGACUGGAACCAGAGCAGAGCCAAACAAGCCAUGGCUCAGGGGAGAUCCCCAGUUAUAAUUGACAACACCAAUACGCAAGCGUGGGAGAUGAAACCAUAUGUGGAAAUGGCCAUAGGAAAAGGCUACAGAGUCGAGUUUCAUGAACCUGAGACUUGGUGGAAAUUCGAUCCUGAAGAAUUAGAAAAGAGGAAUAAGCAUGGCGUGUCUCGGAAGAAGAUCGCGCAGAUGCUGGAACGCUACGAGUACCACGUGUCCAUCUCGAUCGUCAUGAACUCCGCAGACCCCUCCCACAGAAGCGCAGCGAGACCUCCUCCUCCAGAGUGCAGACAGAGGUGGGGGGCCCUCUAG